AAUCAAUGUUUUGAAAAUACUUUUUCCGGUAUCCAAUGUCACUUUCUUUCGUUUCUAGACUCUUUUCGUAAAACAUUAAAAAAACAAAAUAAAAUGCAAAGUGAACCUAGAUACAAUACUGAUAUUUCUACUGAACAUUUCUUCAAAUACAGAGAAAAGCCAAGGCCACGUUUACUUUCAAAAUUAGUCAUCGGGAGUGACCGUGAUGUUAUUCAGAGAGUUGUCGAUGGCAGCAAAGCUGGAGCAUUCUUUGCUGCUGCAUCUGCUGCAAUGGUGUAUACCUUGGAACCUAAAGGACAAACACUUACAGUCUCCAGAGGUAUAGAAAGAAUUGUUAAACACAGUCCACCAUUCUUUAUCUCAGGCUUGACAUAUGGUCUUGCUGUUGGGAUGUCGGCGAAGAUUCGAAACAAAGAUGGCCCAUUGAAUCACAUAAUUGGUGGCAUUGCAAGUGGUACAAUGUUUGGAUCUUGGUAUAAGUCCCCAGCUGUUGGUGUCACUGUAAGCAUAGUGUUAGCUACUUUGGGUGGUGUGUACAAAGCAGCUGUGGAUGGUAAUUAUUUGGCUCUUGCAUAUCCCAGGCGUCCAAGGGUUCUUAACAUGUACAAAAUGGGAUGGUUGACAGAGCGUCCUGACCAAGAAGGCAUUCAGGAUGCAGACAAAGAUGAUGUAUAUAAAUACUACAAACCUUGAUUGAUUUACUAGUGUUUCAGAUUAAGUUUUAGAAAAGUUUUUUUUGUUUGUUGAUAAAUGGUUAACAAAAGACUUUGUGACUUGAUUAGAAAUAACAUUUCUCUUCAUAUCUCACUAUUAGGAAAGUGACUCAGUCUGAGAAAAUGUAAUCUUUGAAGCAUUGAUAUUUUUUUGACUGGCAGAUCUUGCUAUACUUAAGGCACAUUGUGUUUUAGAUUGUUUUAAUUCCUACAUUGACUUAUUUGAAUAAAGCACAGAUAGUUAGCUGUAUUAAACUAAUGGAUUUAUAUUAAAUUGUCAAUGAGGCUUUGGUUUAGUGCAUCUGUUGUAAUGUAAUAUUCUUUUACUUAACAAACAUUCUUUUUUGCUAGCAAAUGUGUAUUUAUUCUAACAGAUCCUAAAAUUUACAUUUCUUGUUACUAAGAAAACAAAAGAUGUAUAAAUGUGUAUUUUUCAAACCUGUGUGUAUUAAACAACUUUGAUUACAUUAA